GUACCUUUCCAAGCUGACACUCAAUUAAGACAUUCAACUAAGAAGGCCACCUAAGCUAUCAUCCCCUUCACCUCAAUAUCUACCCACAGCCGGCCACGACCCGAGUGCGAAUCCAAUUUACAAGCUUCCUUCCAAGCACUAGGAUAGAGACUUAGGCUUAAAUAUGGCCUCCCAGGAACGAAUUUCCGUCCACAACCUCGCGGACCUGAAGAACACGUCCGACGAUGCGAUCCCCAACUACCUCAACUCGCUCAAGUUCAAGCAGGACCACCGGCUAAUCGACACGCGGCUCGCUCUCGGGUACGGCGCCUUCGCCAUCGCCGCCGCCUGUUUCGCCUGGGACUACAAGCUCGGCUUCGAGGCUACCAAGUACUACACUGCUGCUGCUGUCGCCGUGUACGCCCUGCUCAACGCCAUCCUGACGUACUGGAUCGGCUUCGUGGAGAAGGGCACUGUGUACCAGGGCGUUGCGCCGGACGGGUCGAAGAUCUCGAUAUCUACCUCGACGAAGAAAAACGUCCCAGUAUAUAACGUCAAGAUCACCGUGACGCCUAAGAACGGCGCACCAGAAACGAUUGAACUAGCGCGGCCGUUCACGGAGUGGUUCGACGUGCAGGGCCACUUCAUCGCGCGGCCCUUCCAAACCGUCUUCGCCACGGCCGUGCCGUUGAUCGCUAAGGCCGAUCCCAAGCGCGUGCAAGCCGCUGCGCCAGUGCCUGAUUUUCUAAAUGCCGAUGCGGACGUCCUGGAUGCCAUCGCGGCUUCUCAGUCUACGUCUACUGGUGCCGAGGCGGCGUCAGGUAGCAAAAAGUCGAAGCGCAGAAAGGCGUAGUUGAAUAAUCUAGUAAUGCAUGGGUUCAUGUGUUAAAAUAUAAUGCCAUAUCUUCUGAU